AAUUCAAAGAUGGUAGAAAAGCAACCACGGUCAAGGCUGAACCUUCUUCUCCUGCUCGGAUUUCUUCUACUUUCUUUGGAUGAGACAACAUCCUCGCAAUGGUUCACCGUGGACAGCAAUGGUCUUGGCAUCUCAUUGAUGGAAUCUGUGGCUUUGGCUUUAAAUAACUCUAGUUUGGAGUUGGCCAACAAUACCGCCUGGCCAUUGCAACACGAUCCGAGAUCUUCCGAGGAACUCCCAGAGAUUGAGACCUACGAUUAUAUUGUGGUGGGUGCAGGAAGUGCCGGUUCCAUUGUGGCCAGCCGGUUGAGUGAACGUUGCAAUGUGCGAGUACUCCUCCUGGAGGCUGGAGACUUACCACCAUUCGAAUCGGAGGCUUUUAGCCUAAGUGGUGCCCUGCAUCAUGAUGCCAGGUACAUGUACCUGGAUGAGGCGGAACCCAAUCCCGAGUGCUGUCAGGCCAUGGAGGAGGGUCAUGGUUGCUCCUGGUGGCAUGGUCGCAUGAUGGGCGGCACUGGGGCCAUCAAUGGUAAUAUCUUUGUCCCCGGCAGUCGGAGUAACUUUGAGAAUUGGAAUGCCACCGGUUGGAAAUGGUCCCAGGUUCAGGAUACCUAUCGUCGCCUUCAGGCACGUUUGAAACUCUCCUAUUUGGAACCCAAUCCCCUCAACUCGAAGUUGGCUAAUGUUAUUUACUCCGGAGCCGCAGAAUUGGGUGUACCAAAGAUGUGGCAGCCACUGAUAGCAGGUGUUACCUAUGGUUACACCCAUCAUGUUCCCGUGACCAUUAAUGAAGGUAGAAGAGCCAGCAGUGGACGUUUAUACUUGGCUCAGGAUGGAAUCAACAGGCGACCAAAUCUAAAGGUGAUUCGAGGAGCUCAAGUGAAGAAGGUACUCCUAAAUCCCGAGGGUAACCUGGCCAUGGGGGUCACCUACACUCUCAAUGGUGAUCAGUUCACCGCUUCAAUCUCUUCCUCUGGUGAGGUAAUCCUAAGUGCCGGUACCAUCAACUCUGCCAAGUUGCUCUUAGUCUCUGGAAUUGGACCACAAGAGGAGCUAAGCAGCUGGAAUAUAACCGUCCGGCAGGAUUUGCCAGUGGGUCAUAAUCUUCAGGAUCAUGGCAUGUUGCCUCUUUACUUGAUUUUCGGUUCAGAUUGCGCGGUGAAUAGCACUCGGUUGCCCACAGAGAAUCCCUAUGGACCAGUCUCUGUGGCCAAAUAUCUCCUGGAGAGUCAAAAGGGUCCCCUCGCCCAGGGUUUCUACAUGAUGGGUUACAUCAAUUCCCGGACACCGCAUAGUUUUCUCCAACAACCCGAUCUUCAUGUGGUGGCCCAUACACUGUUGCCCAAGGGUAGCACUGGUAGCUUUGGUUAUCUUGGCUUUCGGCCGGAAUUGAUUCAAGCUCAGGUCGGUAUACUCAAGGAUUAUGAUCUCCUUCAGAUUAUGGGUUCACUGCUGCAUCCCUUAUGAGGACGAGUGCGUUUAGCAAGUGACACGGAAGCCAGAAUAGAGAAUCAUUAUGCCGAGGCUGAGGAGGAUCAGCAGACUCUGCUCCGCUUUGUGAGAUAUGUCCAACGGUUGACCCAAACCCGAGCAUAUCGCAGGUGUGGCCUCCGUCUCUGGCUACCUCCUGUCCAGGAAUGUGAUGCACUCGCACCCGAUUCCGACGAUUAUUGGUUGUGUCACAUUCGUUACUUUUAUGUGGGUGCCUGGCAUUCGGUGGGCACUUGCCGGAUGGCACCCAGGAGGAAUCCGGAAGCGGAAUCCCAAGCGGAGGAGAUGGAACCAGGUGGCGUUGUGGACGAGAGACUGCGGGUGCAUGGUGUCCAGGGACUUCGAGUGGUGGAUGCCAGCAUAAUGCCCGAGUUACCAGCGGGUAAUACCAAUGGACCCGCCAUGAUGAUAGGCGAAAGAGGAGCACAAUUAAUUCUCGAGGAUCGAGGAGAAGACAACGAAGUUAUAACCGAUUGUUGA